UGCCUGGUUUUUUAUGUUUGAAAGCACUUCUAAAAGAGAGAAAUCAACUAAUAUAUUAGCUGUUAGACUGGGAAUUGCAUGUUAAAAUGUGUUAAAAUUUUAAUUGCAUGUUAAAAUGAGGCUGUGUAUUUUUGUCCUUUGUGUAAUAUAUUUAUCUAUUUAUAUUUUUAACUGUCUUCAUAUUUAAGUUUUAAACAGAAAGUUAAUUUAUUCACUUUAUUAUAGCAUUUUUGUGCUUAGAUAAUUUUUGCAUAGUAUAUUUGCUAUUUUAUUUGAUGCUAUUGUAUUGUGAUGUUGUUGGCCAAUUCAUGGUUCUUUUUGGAGGAAAAGCAAGAUAUAAAUAAAUAGUGAUGAUGAUGACUAUGUAACUUUUUUCAACAAAAUUAUAUUAGAAGCUGCUGUGGCUGCAGGGAAUACAGAAUUUCUACAGCUUCACAGAACAUAACAGUUCUUAUUCUCAUAAAUCAAAGGCAUAGUCAGCAUUGGUGAAAGUAAUGUCCAGGAGUUGAUUGUGGCAGCCGACAUGUUCCAGCUCACAGAAGUGGUGGAUCUUUGCUGUGAAUUUCUAAAGGGACAGAUUGAUCCUAUGAACUGCAUUGGACUCUUCCAGUUCUCCGAGCAAAUUGCCUGUCAUGAUCUGCUAGACUUCACAGAGAAUUAUAUCCAUGCCCACUUCCUAGACAUCCAGAAUGGAGAGGAAUUCCUAGCCCUGACAAAAGACCAGCUUAUUAAGAUCCUGCGAAGUGAGGAGCUGAGCAUAGAGGAUGAGUACCAGGUGUUCACUGCUGCAAUGCAAUGGAUUCUAAAGGAUUUGGGUAGAAGGAAAAAAUACGUUGUGGAAAUACUGGAUACAGUUAGAUUUCCAUUGCUACCCCCACAAAGACUCUUGAAGUACAUAGAAGGUGUUCCUGAUUUCAGUCUUCGGGUGGCCCUUCAAACCCUCUUAAAAGAGUACUGUGAAGUGUGCAAAUCUCCCAAAGAAAGCAAGGUUAGCAGUUUUCUGCAGGCAGCUAAGGCACGUCCUCGGAGGAAAGCCAGGAAGUACCUCUAUGCAGUAGGUGGAUAUACCCGCUUGCAAGGAGGCCGUUGGAGUGACAGCAGAGCACUUAGCUGUGUGGAGCGUUUUGACACUUUCAGUCAGUACUGGACUACAGUGUCUUCCUUACACCAGGCUCGCAGUGGCUUGGGAGUUGCAGUGGUAGGAGGAAUGGUCUAUGCUAUUGGAGGUGAAAAAGAUUCCAUGAUUUUUGACUGCACUGAACGCUAUGAUCCUAUUACUAAGCAGUGGGCAACUGUAGCUUCCAUGAAUCAUCCUCGCUGUGGACUAGGAGUUUGUGCCUGUUAUGGGACUAUCUAUGCAUUUGGAGGCUGGGUUGGAGCAGAGAUUGGCAGUUCAAUUGAACGUUUUGAUCCUGAAGAAAACAGUUGGGAAGUGGUGGGCAGCAUGGCUGUACCACGCUACAAUUUUGGGUGCUGUGAAAUGCAAGGUUUAAUUUAUGUUGUUGGUGGCAUUGGCAAUGAAGGAAUAGAACUGUGUUCUGCAGAAGAGUAUAACCCAAUAUCUAAGCGCUGGUCUGUACUCCCUGAAAUGGGAACCAGAAGGGCAUACCUGGGUGUGGCUGCUCUGGAUGACUGCAUCUAUGCUGUUGGAGGAUGGAAUGAGAAUCAAGAUGCUCUUCCAACUGUUGAGAAAUAUUCCUUUGAAGAGGAGAAAUGGGUGGAAGUUGCUUCAAUGAAGGCCCCAAGAGCCGGAGUAUGCGUUGUUGCUGUGAAUGGCCUCCUUUAUGCCACAGGAGGCAGAACUGCUAGCUAUGAUUCAGCUGCCCCAGUAACUUCAGAUUCUGUGGAGGUUUAUAACCCACAUACGGAUACAUGGACUGAAAUUGCAAACAUGAUCACCAGUCGUUGUGAAGGUGGCAUAGCAGUGCUCUGAAGAAUGCAGUACUUGUACAAAAUUUGGAGUGUGAAUUAAGUGACUGAGAGAUGUUGAGGUUUUUGGUAACUCCCAAGAAAGAGUGGCUACAAUUAGAAUACACUUCCAAAACACAUGCAACUGUUCACUGCACUAUAUCUUUGUGAAGCACAUGACUUUUGACACAUGGGAAAUCUGUCAUCAGCUAGGGCAGGGGUGGGGAACCUUUUGCCCCAGAUAUUGAUCAGGGAUGAUAGGAGUUACAGUCUAUCCACAUCCAGAAGACUGUAGAUUCCUCACUUCUGUGCUUGAAGAUAACUGGAAUGAGUUUAGGCUUACUUGCUUUGAAACUGAGAAUUUAACCUAGUUAUUGUAACAUUUUAAGGUGAGUGCAAAGUAGCCAAAUUCUCAUGAAAAUCCAUAAAGCUAUUUAUUUAAGAACA